CAAAGAUGAGAGUUGAAAGAAAACAGAGUGUAGUACUAGUACCAUUCCUACUCCAGGGGCAUUUAACACCAAUGCUACAGCUUGGAAGUAUACUUCAUUCACAGGGCUUUUCUGUUAUAGUUGCACAUACUCAACACAAUGCUCCUAAUUAUACCAAUCAUCCACAAUUCGUCUUCCAUUCUAUGGAUGACGGAUUACAGGGAAUCGACAUGUCAUUCCCGAGUUUAGAAAACAUAUAUGAUUUGAACGAAAACUGCAAGGCGCCUCUCAGAAACUACCUUGUUAGUAUGAUGGAAGAGGAAGAGGAAGAGGAAGGUGAUCAGCUUGCUUGUAUCGUUUAUGACAACGUCAUGCUCUUUGUCGAUGAUGUAGCGACUCAGUUGAGGCUUCCCAGCAUUGUCCUCCGCACUUACAGUGCUGCGUAUUUGCACUCUAUGCUCACAAUUUUACAGCAACCAGAAAAGUAUUUUCCUUUUGAAGAUUCUCAGCUGCUGGAUCCGUUACCCGAGCUUCAUCCCUUGAGGUUUAAGGAUAUACCAAUUACUACUGUUAAUAAUACAGUUCAAGCACCGUUGCUAGAAUUCAGCAGAUCAAUGUGUGAUGUAGGAUCAUCUGUUGCGACUAUUUGGAACACGAUGCAGGACUUGGAGAAUUCAUUGUUGUUACGCCUUCAGGAACAUUACAAGGUGCCCUUUUUUCCAAUAGGACCUUUUCACAAAAUGGUGCCUGUGGCCUCAUCGACUAGCAUACUGCAAGAAGACAACAGCUGCAUCGAUUGGCUCGAUAGACAAGCUCCUGACUCUGUUCUCUAUGUCAGCUUAGGUAGCCUAGUGAGGAUUGAUGACAAAGAGCUAAUCGAGACUGCUUGGGGAUUAGCGAAUAGUGAGCAACCGUUCUUGUGGGUAAUUCGACCGGGCUCUGUCUAUGGUUUUCAAUGUGCUGAGGCACUGCCUGAUGGUUAUGAAGAAAUGGUAGGAGAAAGAGGACGGAUAGUGAAAUGGGCGCCACAAAAACAGGUGCUUGCACAUCCCGCGGUAGCAGGGUUUUUCACUCAUUGUGGUUGGAAUUCUACACUUGAAAGUAUUUUGGAGGAAGUCCCUUUGAUAUGCAGGCCAUUUCUAGCAGAUCAACCGGUGAACGCAAGGUAUCUGAGCCAAAUAUACAAGGCUGGGUUCGAAUUGGAGGCUAUCGAGAGAACGGUCAUAGACAAAACAAUAAGAAAACUCAUGUUAAGUGAAGAAGGGAAAGAUGUGAAGAAAAGAGUAGUAGACAUGAAACAAAACAUAGUUGCUGCUAUGCAGAUUGAUGGUACUUCACAUAAGAAUCUAAAUGAUUUGGUAGACUUUAUUUCUGCCUUGCCAUCACGACUCGCUCCGCCAACGCCUGUUGUGGAGCAAUCAUGAGCUCAAACCACAUAGCAAGCAAGUGUACCAUAGAGUCUUGAAGUGAACAUCUCUCAAGUCCAUGGGGCAAAUGCUUUAGUUACUAUAGAUUCUUGUCAACUACUUUCUCAUUUUAUAGUUUGUUGAUUGGUAUAAUAAGUUGGGAACUUUGACAUACUGUGUUCCUAGUUGUUACAAUUGAGUAAAAUUUCAUCUUUAUUAGCCCUUUGUUAUUA